AUGACAGAAAAAGUUAAAAUUCUUAUGUUGGGUGAAGGUGCUGUGGGCAAGUCAUCCCUUUUAAGUCGUUAUGUUGACGAAAAGUUUUCUGAAAAUAUAUAGGCUACAUUGGGAGUGGAGUAUAGAUAGAAAAUUCUUAUUUAAGGAGAAAGCUAAGUGACUGUUUAAGUUUGGGACACAGCAGGUAAUUAAAAUUCUAGAGGUUUAGGUUAAGAAAGAUUCAGAGUUAUUACUCCUAUUUUUUAUAGAAAUGCUUAAGGGGUGUCUUUAGUUUAUAGUGUUAUUGAUAAAAACUCAUUUUAAUAAGUUUAAACUUGGAUUGAUAAUUUAAAAGAGCAAAUUGAUUGUGAAUAAAUCUCCAUUGUUUUAGUUGCAAAUAAGUGUGAUAUAGCAUAAAGAGAAGUAACUACUUUGGAAGGGUAGCAAUUAGCAUAAAAAUAUUAAAUCAAAUAUUUUGAGUGCUCUGCAAGAACAGGGGCUUAAGUAAAGGAAAUGUAUACAGAAUUAGUUUAAUAAAUCCUUGUUAGACGAGGAUAAAAUCAAAAUUCUCAGAACGGAGAAAAAAUUCCAAAAAAUAUCUAAAUUGAUGGAGGGGAAACAUAACCACAAAAAUGUUGUUGAUAAGUCUUAUAUAAUAAAUGAUAGAAUUUAUUAUCCAA